CUUUUCACCAAGACGGAAGUAUUGGUUCUUGAGCGUGUGUAUUUGUUUACACCCGCUAGUUCUCUGGCUGAACCAUAUAUAAAUUGAUUUAAAGGGCUGUUUAUAUUUAUUUUUCUGGUUAAACCUUUGUACAGAUGAUGGGGUUUCCCUUAAACAUUUUCGACCGCGCAUAUGCCACAUGCCCCGAGGUACAGUAAUGAUUGUAGCACCUGCUAACUUGAUAUGCUAAUGUUUAGCACGAUUAGCUUGUAAAAAGACAAUACAUUGACCUUAGACCGCCGAGAGCUACUGGCAGCGUUACCGUCCGUCUUAGGAUGGCAAUAAAACGAUAAACGUAAUCCUCGUGUGCAGCUGCAACGAUUGUUUAGAUUAUUUCAUUUAGACAUUUACUAAGCAGCUAACAGAAAACCUAAGAUGAGAGUAACACAAAACUCCGACCUCCCCGAACAUGUAUCCGUACAAUACGUCGUGAAUGCAUAAUGUGAUUAAAGAGUGAUUAGAGAUCACUUCAUGAGACGCAGAUCAGCAUCUGCAGUACAUGAUUUGGAGCGCGUGUCUAAUAGGUGACACGGUAUGACUCCACCUGCACCCAUCCUCCUCGUCUCAGGGAGAUAAUACUGAAGAAGGAUCAAAGAUCCACUGAGUUAUGGCUCUGACUCUAGUUUACUGGGAUCACCAUAUACCCCUACCAAAGCUUGCUCCAGUCCAAGCCAAGGUCGCUGUCGCCCUGGUGGCGCUCCUUUGCUUCCUAAACAGCUACGAUGGAGAGUUUGUGUUUGAUGAUUCUGAAGCAAUUGUCAACAACAAGGACCUGAGACCAGCAACCCCUUUGGGAAGCAUAUGGAGCAAUGACUUCUGGGGAAGUAAUCUGAGUAGCAACUCUAGUCACAAAUCCUACCGACCGCUCACUGUCCUUACAUUUAGGUUAAACUACCUCUUAGCUGGAGGCUUGCAUCCCAUUGGCUUCCAUGUACUAAACAUCACCCUCCAUGCUGUCAUAUCUGUCCUCAUGAUUGACGUGUUUGCCAUUCUGAUUGGUGGACUGGACUGUGAUGAGAAGGGUCGGACAUUCAACCGUGCUCCAAAGACCUCUCUGCUUGCCGCCAUCUUUUUUGCAGCUCACCCAGUCCACACAGAAAGUGUGGCGGGCAUAGUGGGCCGAGCUGACCUUCUGUGUGCACUCUUCUUCCAGCUAUCCUUCCUGACUUACUGCAGAGCUUUUAACAAAGGGUGCGACAGAGAUGACAGCUUUUCUGUGAAAUGGGUGGUGGUCAGCCUCGUGCUGUGUGCUGCAGCAAUGCUCUGUAAAGAACAAGGCAUCACUGUCCUGGGUGUGAACGCAGCCUUUGAUGUCCUCCUGAUCUGUAAUGUUAAUGUGUAUGAACUCUGCCAGAGGCUGAUCUUUAGGAAGAACCUCGACCUAAGGGAAAUGCUGAGAACGCGUUUGCUGACACGCUUGGCCCUCUUGGGCCUUGGAGGCCUCUUGAUGCUCUAUGCUCGCUGGAGGAUCAUGGGCACCGGACCACCGGCUUUCACAGAAGUAGACAACCCUGCCUCUUUUGAAGAAAAUAUAUUUAUUAGAAUAGUGAACUAUAAUUACUACUACUCUCUUAAUGCCUGGCUACUGCUGUGUCCCUGGUGGCUGUGUUUUGAUUGGUCCAUGGGCUGUGUGCCUCUCAUUAUGUCAGCCACUGAUUGGAGGAUAGUGUUGCCGCUGCUGCUCUGGUGCAUCCUGAUAGGCUUGAUGAACCAAGCCUUAUGCUCUCCGGACAGCCAGAGGAGGAGAACUCUGACCUUGGGUCUGGUGCUGCUGCUGGUCCCUUUUCUUCCUGCGUGUAACAUCUUCUUCAGGGUGGGGUUUGUGGUUGCUGAGAGAGUCCUCUACCUGUCUUCAGCUGGCUACUGCUUACUGCUGGCCUUCUCACUGGGACACUGCUGCUGCCACUGGACCAAACAGAGGAAACUGCUGUGUGUUCUGGUGCUCGCCCUGCUGUGUGUGUAUGUAGUCCGCUGUGCCCUUCGUAGUCAUCAGUGGCGCUCGGAGCAGAGCCUCUUCUUCAGCGCUCUGUCUGUCUGUCCACUCAACGCUAAGGUUCAUUACAACGUAGGUAAGAACCUGGCUGAUAGAGGGAACGCCACUGCUGCUGUCAAAUAUUACAGAGAGGCAGUCAGGCUACACCCGAAUUACGUGCAUGCAAUGAACAACCUGGGGAACAUCCUGAAGGAGAAGAACGAGCUCACCGAAGCAGAGCAGCUGUUGUCUAAAGCUGUUUCCAUUCAACCUGACUUUGCUGCAGCGUGGAUGAAUCUUGGAAUAGUUCAGAACAGCCUCGGGAAGUUCGAGGAGGCAGAGCAGAGCUACUGGAAUGCCAUCCGCUUCCGGAGAAAAUACCCAGACUGCUACUACAACCUGGGACGCUUGUACGCUGACCAGAACCGGCAUGUUGACGCUCUGAAUGCGUGGAGAAAUGCAACGGUUCUGAAACCAAACCACAGCCUGGCCUGGAACAACAUGGUCAUUCUGCUGGACAACACCGGUAACCUGGGUCAAGCUGAGCUAAUCGGUCGUGAGGCUCUGAAGCUCCUCCCUAACGACCACACCAUCAUGUUUUCGCUGGCGAACGUCCUGGGGAAGUUACAGAAAUACAAGGAAUCAGAGGGCUUCUUUCUUCACGCUCUUCGGAUCAGCCCAAAUGCUGCUAGUUGCCAUGGCAAUUUAGCUGUGUUGUAUCAUCGUUGGGGAAAACUGGAGCUGGCAAAGAGACACUACGAGCUGUCCCUAAAGUUGGACCCCAAGGCUCCGGGGACCAGAGACAACUACAACAUGCUGCAACGCAAACUGGACCAGCUCAAACGCAGCGCACCCUGAGGGAACCCAAGACCCCCGCCUACAAGCAAACAUUUUUUUUCCCACCCUUUCAUUCUUUUUUUAUCUGACUUGUUCUAAUUUUAAACAUUCUGAAAUACAGACCAUGAUCCGUG